AUGAUCUCCCUCUGCGACCUCCCGGAUGAUAUCCUACUAGGCAUCAUCGCGCAACCCGAUUGCUCUGAACGCGACAUCAACGCCCUCUCCCAAGCAAACCACCGGCUCCAUUCCCUCGCGAAACGGUGCCUCUACCGCAAGAACGCAUCGCAGAACCGAAGCAGCGCUCUGGCAUGGGCAUCCGAAACCGGGAAUCUCGCCACAGCCCUCUACGCCCUGGAACACGGCGACGCAGACAUCAACACCAAAACCCCCCAAGGCAACGGCGGGACGCCGCUCAUGCUCGCCGCCGCGAAUGGACAUGUAACAAUUGCAAACGUUGCAGCGCAGAACGGAGCCCUCGGCGUCGUCGAACUCCUGCUGGAUCACCCGGCGACUCGCCCCGACUUGGCCGACACCUCCGGCCAGACAGCGUUGUGGUGGGCCUGCUGUAACGGCCACGAGGCUGUCGUGAGGAGAUUGCUCGCGAGAUCGGAUGUCGACAUCAACCGCCAACGAGAGGACGGCGCGACCCCGCUGCUUACGGCGACCAGUGUGGGUUACAUCGCUGUGGUGGAAGCGCUGCUGUCGCAGGGCGAAAGGAUCGAUCCGAACUGCUGCAUGGAGAACGGUAGGACAGCGCUGAUGGUAGCGGCGUAUAAUGGGUAUGAGACGAUUGCAAAGCUGCUUGUCGAUAUGCCAGUGUGCAAUGUCGAGGCAGAAGACUCCGAGGGAAAAACGGCGCUUUCAUACGCAGUGAGAGGGGAUCACGCGGCUAUCGUCCAGCUAUUGAUCGACAAGGCUGCAGACUUGAACCACCGGGAUCAAUCAGGUCGCACUGCCCUCGCAACCGCAGCGGAUCGUGGCCGCGAAACUCUUACCCGCUUAUUACUCCGUCACGGAGCCGAUCCUACCGUUGCGGAUAAUCGAGGCUGGGUCCCUCUCCACUGGGCUGCCCAGGGCGGCCACGAGGCAAUAGUCCAAGUCCUCCUCGAGGACGAUCGCGUAAACCCCAGUCUUGCUACCUGGAUAGGCACAGCGCCUCUUCAUUGUGCGUCAUGGGAUGGCCACUAUGGAGUGAUCCAGCUCCUGUUAGCGAGAGAUGAUGUUGACAUAAACUGUGAAGACAACGCUGGCUGGACACCUCUGAUAUGGGCAGCCUUUAAUGGAUCUGAGCGCCACGUGCAACUAUUCCUGACAAAUCCCCGUACAAAUGUCAACGCUCAGGAGCAUCGGGGAUUAACGGCGCUUUGCUUUGCUGCCAAAACGGGCCAUCAAACUGUUGUGGAAGCUCUUCUCGGUCAUCCUAUGAUUGAUACUACCGUUACGGAUCACACCGGCAAGACUGCUAUGAUGUAUGCAGAUGAAAACGGUCAUCAGGAUGUUGCUGCCUUGAUUGAAGCAUCCUGCAAAGAGAAAUGCUAA